AUGAGUGAUGCUCGCAGGAUACCAACGGAUACUGACGGGCAGAAUGAACCUUGUGAUACGUUUGUCGAUCGCAAAUCUCAACCUGAUCAAUCUUGUGACGAGAUUACAGUGCCGAUUACUGAGAAGACAGUUGAGGACGAACAAUAUGCUGAACCGGAAAAUGGCACUAAGGACAUUUCUUCAGUAGGAAAAAGGGCCAGUCAGUGGUCCUAUGGCACCGAAAAUUCGAUUUUGUCCUCGCACCUAAGUCUGCAAGCACUUAACGCGUUGAACGAUGGAAAGACUCAAGAAGAAGAUCGAAUUCACAAUCGUGAAGAAAUACUGCUUUACGAAACCAGGCGGUCAGAUGAAAAUGCGGCUGGAACAAGCGACGAUGUUUUCCGCGAGUAUGAUGCAAGUUUCAGCAGUCCGCUUUUAAAUGGGCAUAUAGUGGAUAAUGAUGCAAAUAUCAAAACAGAAAAACCACAGGAAACUAAUUCAGAAAGGAAAAACAAUUGUUCGAAUAAACGUAAGAGAUUAUUGUCAUUUCUUAAGAGGAAACCUCGAGCCCAAACAUCGCCCGAAGAUUUCACCCCAUCAUCCAACGGCGACGUUAUCAUUAAGAUUGAAACACCAGAAAACUGUUCAGGCCGACAUCGAUCCAGGCAGAAACCUUGUAUAAAUACCCUAUUGCGAGGAUGGCUUCAGCCUAUGGACAACAAAUUAAAUAUAAAAGUGUUUGGAAGUCGAAAAGCAAUGGACGAAGAACUUUUACGUUACAAAAAAGCAGGAUGGAUAAUUCACCCGACAAGUGCCUUCAGGUUAGAAAUUGACAUUAUUUUUUUAUUACUGCUCAAGAAAAGAUAAGAAAAAAUGCUGUUAUUUUCGACAUAACGCUUUCCUUUACUUCGCUUUGAUUCCGAAUUUAAUUUUUUCAUUAUUUCAAGACGAAAAUAGCAGUUAUUUCUAAGGAAAUCAUCUGUUUUAAAUAUUAAUCAAGGAAGUCUCGAUCAAUCGUCAUGUUAAUGUUUUUAGAUAUGUUUAAAUAUAAAAUACGACAGAGCAUUUUUUUUUUGUCGCAUCACCGCAAACCCCAUUUCAUAAGUAGACGACAAGUUAAAUUUUACGGGCGGUGAAAUGUAGUUGCAAUCGAUUCGCCGUGGUUUUCGUUUAUUCAUUCAGGUGAUUUCCGCAUUUUAAUCUUAAAUUUUAAUGAACUCUUUCAGGACAAUCUAAAGUCGCUAUUAAGCAGUUGCACCGCUGCCAAAAAAUUGUCAUUAAUCAUUAACGUACGAGACAACAAAUCACAGUAUUUUCGCCAUUUGUACUCAUUCCUGGACUCCAAAUUUAGACGGCAGAUUUUUGACAUUACUUCCAAAGAUGUUUGUUUUACUCUUGGAAGGAUAACCAAGUACACGGUAAUGAACCAAAACAAAAUAAUAGUUCCAGAAAAGAAACUUUAAAUUUCCGACCAGGAAAAGUGUUUUUAAAUCCAUGAGCGAUUUCUUGACCCCCAGCUUUGUACUAUGCGUUAUGCAAAUUUUUAAUUGUCACUGAAAAUCCUUUGGAAACAAUUUCGUGCAUCUGUUAUCUUUGACGCUUACCAAAGUCACUUAUCUGCAGAUGGGUUGCUUUAGCUGUUACUUAUUUUUUUUUCUUUAAAACCGAUGGUGGUAAGAAAUCCCUGGGAUUAAGUUUCUAAGUUGUUAUAUUUUCGAUAAAAAUCAGUUCGUCUUUCAUCUCAUUUCACAGCAGCACAUUAAAAAAAAUUGUUUAAUCUUGAACGCUAUAGCUCUCGAUUAUGUCCUUCAUAAGUGUUUGAACGUACUAUGCAAAUUGAUAACAAUUACUAUACUACGAACUUGAAGUACGUCCCGGGUUAUUUUAUCCCAAUCCGUAUAAUUAAUUUAACGCGCUUUUCUUGACUUUGGAAGUGUGAAGUGGUAGAAGGGGUGCCCUUUUAUGAGGUUGUGCGGAAAAAAGUGACUGCUUUAAAAUGAUUGCUGGUGAUUUUUGACCUAAAGCAAAAUAUUUCUCAUAUUAUAAUCCUUUUCAACCAACUAAAUUGAGAAAGAAAAAAUGCGGCUCAGCUGAUUUGUCUUAUAGACGGUUAUUCUACGAGUCAGAAUCUCUAUAACAGCCGGCUGACAAUAACUAGCUAAGGAAAAUCUCUCAAAGAAUAUUGUUCGAAUGUCAUAUUUUUAAUUAUUUUAUUUUUUAUUUAGUAAUUUAUUUAUUUAUUAUUAUUAUUUAUCUAUAUUUACUUAUUUUAUUCGUUUUUGCUAACAUGUUUAAAGAAAAACUUAACUAAUUAACAGUGAUCAACACUGCUUGUACCAACGGGCUUUCAAAUAAAUGGAUGAAUUUUCUCCUAAUCGGGUUUAGCUAUAUGCUUCUCGAUAAUGAGGAGGGUUUCUCCAGAAAAAAAAUCCUUUGUGUGUUUGAAUCAACAGGACUUUACGGAAAAAAGGCUCCUGGUUUUUAGUUUUGUUUUGUGUAUGUAACAACAUCUUUUCCAUUGCAUGCAAGUCUUUUGUGGUACAUCGACGGCUUUAAAACAUAAAAAAAUGACAAUAUAUGCUUCACUGUGGCUCUCUUUACUGCUGUUUCUUGAGGACAAUGGAUCGCAAAGUGUUUAUAGUUUGUGAGUGUAUGCAGGGUCUUAGCCAGAAAAAAUAAGGACUGAGGUAAUAUCCGUGGUUGAUCAUGAAUUCCCCGCCUAGCUAAUUAGGGUCUUUAUGAUGACUACGUUUAAACAAAACACUUGGAUCAAACCUUAUUGAACAAAAAUUCCGCCAAGAGCCCUAAAAGCCAUCUAGAUCUUGAGAUCUAGGAGAUUUUUUUUUUUUUUUGGGGGGGGGGGUAUUUAAAUGCUACUCUAGGGGCUUUGGAUUCUUGCGGCUGUUUAAUGUGUUUGUUGGCGGCUUGUUUCUAUAGGAAGGCCUUUGAUAACAACGACCUAAACUAGGCUUGGUUGACAGCGGUUUCUUGAAAAGAAGAGUUUGUUGUGUGUGCGGGAUUUCGCUGUAGACGUAGGCUAAUUCAAGGCCAUUCAUCCUGCAGGGGCCCCCAACGUCAAUUUUUGGAAAAUAUCUGUUCGGAAGACUAUUUGAGAUCUAGAAGUUUCGGAACAUUUGUUGUAAAAUUUCUUGCUUGCCUGCCUCUCCUAUGAUUUUUGAACGUCUAAAAAAUGGUGUAAUUGUCCACUUUUAACGGAUUUUUACCUAAAAAGGUCACCUAGAAUUUUCGGGAGCCUUUUUUCUGGCUGAAAUUUUCGAAAAGCUAAGUUUUGAUCCCUAUAAUUUUUCGAUCACUAGACUUUGAGCUGGGAUAUCCGAACAGAUAAAAAAUUUUUAGUGGAUAAAAAUAUGUCUAUAUCUACCGUUUAAACACUAAAGUACGUUUAACAAUGCUAUGUUUAAGAGGUUUUGAACUAUAUUCUCGUGGGGUGCCCCUGAUCCUGUUAGAGCCCAUCGAUCAACGGUACCAGGUCUUCAACCUGCGGAGAGCGCUAAAGCUGCUCUUGCACGAACAGCUUCCGACUGUUGAUAGAACGUUGCAUUUUGACAGAUUUUUCUCACUUACGCUAGAGAAGAAAAAAGACGCGAGAAAUGGCGGCAAAACACAUGAGAACGAGGCAAUUUUGGGGGGAAGCCGCUGCCUAGUUAGCAUGAAUUUUUGCUUAAUUUUUCUCAUCUGUAAUUCAGGCCACCGCUUGCCUGAUUCGCUUUAUCAUUAAACAUAGUACAAAGUUGCGUUAACAUUUUUUUUAUUUAUUUAACUGUUUGUUAAUUUAUUUGCUGCUAGUUACUUUCUUUCUCCUUCAAAAAAAAUAUUCCUUGCCCGGAAAAAAAAAUGACGGAAGCAAGUGCCUCAGUUUGCCUCAUACUGGCUACGGCCUUGGUAUGUAAGGGAGGAUAAAGGGGUCUUCUGUCAAUAUGUGUUUGUGGAAGAGUCACUAUAGAAAGUACUUAUAGUCUAUUUGAGCUUAAAAUAGAAUAGGUAGUAAGGCCGUUAAUUCAUAAAUAAAUACAUUCUUCAACAACAGACUCCUAUGACAGUUUGGAACGGUCAAUGUUGUCAGUGUUUUGUGGCUAUUAUAGCCAACUACGACUUAGUCAGCUCGGCAAAACACGAGAGAAACAUUCCAUCACUUACUUCACAUGAACUUUUUUUAUUCUAGACUCUACUGGGAUCUGAUGAUUCUCUCCUUGUUGAUCGUGAACAUGUUUGUAUUACCAGUAGCCAUUGCCUUCUUUAACGACGACCUUAGCCCUUCGUGGAUCGGCUUUAAUGGCGUGUCUGAUGGAGCGUUCCUCCUGGAUAUUUUACUGAACUUUAAAACAGGAGUCAUUGUUCACGGCACACCAAACAAGUUUAUUCUGGAUCCUAAGCAAAUUGCCGUACGGUGAGUGAAAAUCUAAAAGACUGUUAUUGUCCUUGCAAAAGUUUCAUAGACCGCUGCAAGGGCAGAUACACGGUGUGGUUUGUAGAUUAGACGAAAGAUCUAAUUUUUAGUACGGGAUUUAGCAUCUAUAAUACUGUCAAGCCCCCAUAUAGGGCUCCACCCUGUUGAAAGCACCUACCCAACACAACAAAAUCAGUGCUCACCUGUCAACGCCGGCACUACGAGACACUGAGCACCUCUCGCUGGCCACUUACGAAUUUAAAUAUUCCUGAUGACAGGAUUCGCGAACUCUAUUUAAAAUCUUAAAAUGAGGUCCCAUAAGCCCGAGUACGUAACUCCCAUUAGGUCCAUGUCACGGCAUUUACACAGGUCAGUUUAUUUUUAGAUAUAUUUUAGCCUGCGUAGCAAGCGUUUCCGUUUGGUUUCGGAACAAAGAAAGACCCAGGAACAGGAUUUUCGGUUUAGGCCGGUCAAGAAUUGUUCCUUCCCUUUCUUCCCCACCCCCUUCCUGCUCUUUUACUCUUACCAUUUUUCGUGCGGCCUUUGACUCUCGUUUCUUGUUCUUUGCUCCGAAAACACACGGAAACGCUCGUUACUCAGGCUAGAUAUAUUUUACAGCACUUCUUCCCGCGCGAAAGAAAGCUCUGCUCCGUCUAUUAGGGCCUUCCAAAUGUAAGAUGUAAAAACAGAAAAGGUCCAUUAAAAGGUCAACAUACCUUUUUGAGGUUUGUAGAUUUUACUGAUUGGUUUGUGAGACUUGGAAUGUAUUCUAACUUGAACUGGUCAAUGAAAACGCUGUGAAACGAGUACAUGAAAGUUGCUGCUAGCUUUGGCUUAUGGUCUUCUGUUGGGAAGACGCCGUAAAAUUGAAAAACAGUAACUCGAUGAAAUCAAAAUUAAAAAUUAAAAAAGAAAAAAAAUGAACAUUAAAUCGACGGAUAUACUAAAAAGAAAGAGAUUACUAACUACUAGCAGCUCUUCACUGUCUGUCAAUAUCCACUAGGUCCCUCUUUAGUUUCCUUAUCAUGUUUGUUUUAACUCAAGUUUUGCGGGUUACCAUUUUGCCUUUUCUUAUAUAUCUUCGAAUUAAAAGGAGAAUAUGCAAUGAGCCCGACAAUGUACAUUUAUUCAAACAGAAGACAACGAUGAAAACUGAUAAAAAUCCUAUAUUCCAUUGGGUAAAAUACAGGGAAAACCAAUAUUAUCAUAUCUCUAAAGAGACUUGAUUAAAUGGUCAAACCAAAAGAAUUCAUUCACACAUUCUUAAAGGUUAGUUAGCCUUAAAAAGGUUAGUUUGGAGGACUUAAACUGAUGGAAAAUGUAUCUGGGAGAGGAAGCUCGUGACUAGGUGAAUAAAAAAGGGAUGUUCUAUUCGAUUUUCAAAGACUUAAAAGCGACUCGUGGUUCGAGUACGUACAGUACGUGGGUAAGAACUUUCUAUUCGAUAUUCGAAGUUCAAAGACUAUUAGCAGUGUAUUUGUCAUGGGAAAAAUGCUUUGUUUAGGGAUAUCCAAUUUUUCGGGGUUCGUUUACAUUGAAAGUCACUUGACACUAUACCGCAAAACGUGACGCUCAGAGGGUGAAAUGACUCUGAAAUUACAAAUGGCCAAGGCAACUAAGAGUGGUGAGUGGGUACUGAUGGCUAUCAGAUAUCAAAUAUUUAUCGACUAAUGUGAUAAAUGGACACAUCUAGCUGAGGAUGAAAUCCAGCAUGUUAAAUUAAGGAGUAAGUAUUCAUUUCAGAUGACAAACGUCAAGCCUUUUAAACUUGCUGCCAUGCACUGUUAAGGUGAUGUUACAGGGGACGAUUGGCAACGACGAUUUUUAGCACAACACAGCCCUGCAAUGUUGGAACAACGUUGUAAUCAUUCGAAACAAUGUCAUAACAAUGUUGCAACGCUGUGUUGCGUUAAAAAUCGUCGUUGGAAAUCGUCUCGUGUAACAUCACCUUUUAUUAUCAUAACAUGAUAAUAUCGUGAAAUUUCACUUCCCACCCCUAUGCGCUGUUUCGAUUAUAAGUAGAGUUGAGAUAUUUUUUAACACCAUUUUCCUUAACUAACAGAGCGUCUCUUUCGCUUGCUCAAUUGUGCAGUGUUCGAGAAAGAGUCUGGCAUGAAUUGAGCGAGAAUCGUUAGAAAAUUACUCAUCUUUAGUGAUAUUGUACAGUUAUGGUACCAUGCUUUCCAUUUAAUAUUGGAAAGAUGCACCUCUUGCAUUACUUGGCAUAAUAUUCAUUAGUUUAUUCUUUUCUUGAAAAAAAUGUCCCGGAUGUUGUUUUUGCUGAAUGUCCGGGUAUAGAUUGCCACAAAUGUUGCAUGAAAAACUGCCAUUAUGUAAAAUAUGUCACAAGCUGUCAAGGCGAUUUACCUUUUGGCCUUCUUAGAUAUAGGCCCCACUUAGACAAUUCGAAAACGCUUUUUUAAGGCCAAAAACGGGAAAAUGGCUCAGUGCCGUAAUGUUAACCGGCGAUUCCUCUGUCAGAGACGGCGGAGCAGGGGUUAAGGUUGUUAGGACGAUUCUCGUAUGACCUUGAAAUGAAAACGCGCGAACAAAACAGAACAACAAACAAAAGGUAAUAGAUCGAUUUGAUUGGUUUGUCGAACAGGUACGCGCGUGGGGUUUGGUUGGUUAAGCGAACGCUCGGGUGAACUUUCUAGAAAUCAACCGAUUCUUGGCUUUGACGUCAUACCGCAACACGAUUGGCCAAUUGAACGAUGCCUUCUCCAUAUUAGGGUUUUCUUUGGCCGGACAACGAAGAGGCCAUGUUUUGAUCUUUUCAUCCAUUGGGUGAUAAAACAAAUAACGAACACUUACCGAAACGGAUUUUUCAAGGUCAUACGACGGAAAUCGCUCUCACUAACACCUAAACGAGCACGAACUUUUAACUGGUCGAAAAUUAGUCAGGUGCCGUGUGAACGCUUCCCAAGAAAAAUAAUGAAAUUUAUCAUUUGACAAUGUCGUUGAUAAAUGAAUAAUUUGUACAAUCGCUUUUAGCCCAGUAAUUCAUAUUCGUUUUUUUUCAGAUAUGCAAAGACCUGGUUUUUAGUUGAUCUCAUAUCUUCCUUCCCGUUUGAUUACGUCGUGUCGUCGGCCACAAGUUCGGGUUCCGGAAGAUUAUUUGGCGCUUCAAGAGCUCUACGUAUACUGCGCAUGGCUAAGCUACUAAGUCUACUUCGCUUGUUACGAAUUUCGCGUCUGGUGCGCUAUGUUCAUCAGUAUGAAGAGGUUUGUGUAAUCUCUGUUAAACGCUAGUGUUACAUCAAAUCGAAUCUACUUAAUAAAUAGACUGAUUGCCCUUAAGGGUGGCACAGUUGGUUAGUGCGUAGCCUCCCACGCAAGGGUUUUCAGGGAAGCUCGUAUUUCGUCCCUCCCCACAAACGUCUGCUCAACCGAGGACAACAUUCCUAUCCCACGCUUCGCCAAUCACGUUGUACUUUCCAAAUUCUGGAAAGUUGACCUUGACCGCAGGGUAACCCGAUAAUUACGCGAUCUGCGGGACUUUGAGAAACCUUCAUGAUCUCUAAUAAAUGUUAGACUCAGAGCCGCAAAAGUGCGAUUUACUCAGUCAGAUUUUAGAAUUCUCCGUGCACUGCAUAACCUUAGCUAAGGAAAGAAAAGAAGGAAAAAGAUAACUCUAGGGUCACUUUCUAGGUCACGUUUUUACACUACCACGAGUUUAUGAGUCGUGUUUAGCCUGUCAACACUUUAUUUCAAAACUGUUGAUUGGUUACUUACCACGCGAAUAUAACAAUGGGAAAGGAAUGUUGUCCUCGGUUGAGCCGGCGUUUGUGGGGAGGGAAGAAAUACCAGCUCCUCUAAAAACGCCUGCGUGGGAGGCUAAUUAGUGCGCGGCCUUUCGGUGCACGCGCGAGGUCCUGAGUUCAAUCCCCGUCGACAUCACAUCCUUGUUCUAACUUCUCUCCUUUCUGUGUAACUUUGGAAAGCUUUAAAUACCCUUAAAAGGAAGCAUUGAUGUAGAGAGGCAGGGGCGGACGGAGGAUUCUCCGAUGGAGGGGGCCUAGAGAUACGAUAUAUAGUAUACAGUAGCAAUAUGGGCGUGAUAGCGCCCAUAAGGACUUCGAACGGCGCAUUUUACUAGGGAGGUUCGGGCGCAUGCUCCUCCAGGAAAAUGUUUGAGAUUGAAGUUCUCUGAGAUACAAUUUAGUGCAUUCUGGACUCUUAAUUUUAGCAGAUUCCUGGAUUCCAUAUUGAACAUGUAACGCUGAAAUCCACAGGUGUGUUUGUGGUCAAAGAAGUAAUUAACACUUUAUGAUGCUAGAGGGGCCGAAGAGAUUGCGGCGAGAGCACAACCUCCCGGCAAAUGUGGCAACAUUGUCUCCCUGAAAAAUUGUCCAAUCCAGUUUGUGUGAGACGGAUAUUAACUGUAUGCAUUCUGGGAGCUUUGGUCAUUUGCGACUAUGAAUGUAGGCUUCGAACACAGAUUCUUUUCCUAUUAAAAAAUGUUUAUUAAAGAAAAUAUAUUUAAGUAACAAAACUCGAAGUUCCAUCCGACACACGUUUACAAAAGAAAAAAAAUCUAGGACAAAAGGGGGGGUCUGGGGGCCCCAGAACCCACCUCGACCGCAAGUUUAUUAUCAAGAACCGCACCGUUGACCUCAAGUUUAUUGAUUUCAUUACUGUCACGAGAUAUCGACGUAAAAUGUAGUUACUCUACCUUUACCUUAAAACUUAACCAAACCAAACACGGAAUCACAAGGUAAAGAGGUUAAUUAAACCUUUGCAAGACACAGUUACCUUAAAAUGACUGGAAAAGACAUGAAACCCACACCUUAAAGUUCUACUCCGAGGGAAAUUGUGCUUAAGAACCUUCGCAAUACACAGCUGUCCUAUAUUGGCCCAAGAGCACCCUCCCCCACCUCCUCACUCUAGCAUCUUACAAAAGGGUCGACGAGUACAAGGUUAAUCAAGAUCAGUUAGUAACCGUUUUGUGAUGUCAGUAUAAAACGCGCGUAGGAUUUUUAGCUUAUUAACUUGAACCUCUACCCUAACACCUUUAGUCGCAACCGCAGCGACACCUGCAAAUUAAACCUUAGAUAGCGUUAAUCACGUUUUCUGCAAUGUCGUUGCAUGGUGACCCGUGUACUACCGAUUGUAUUGUACCUUGGCAAAAGAGUGUUUUGGGUUGCCAUGGCGUAACAAGAGAGUCUUGAAUAUGACGUAACACAAAAACAAUGGAAACAAACAAAUAUACAAGCUUAGGUUAUUGUGGUGGCCAUGGAAGAAGGCGCCACUAAAAGUGCUGCUUAGACCGUUUUGCGCUUCUAUGUACACUUAAUCCUGGUUUCCAUAUGAUCACUACCAUCUCCGAGAUCAAAAAAACGUUCAGCAAUCGCAGCGAUCAUAGCGAUCAUAUAUUAAUUGGUAACCACUUUCCAGCGAUCGCAGCAAUAACGAUCGCUUAAAUAGAACUUUUUCUAUCUCAGCGAUCGUUGUCGCUGCGAACGCUAAGAUCGCUACGAUCGCUGGAAAGUGGUUUCCAUAUGAUCACUAUGAUCGCUGCGAUCGCUGAACUUUUUUUUUUCUCAGCGAUCGUAGAGAUGUAUAGAAACCAGGCUUUAGAUAUUAGUUUGGGUCAUGAUAAAGCAGACCCUAAUUUGCAUUUAUUAGUUUUGCGGAUUAUUUCUACAUGUUUACAGGUUCUGAAUGUAACGCGCUCUGUCAUACGGUUUAUAAACCUGAUUAGCUUGAUGCUGUUGGUAGCGCACUGGAAUGGCUGCAUGCAAUAUCUCGUGCCAGUUCUCAACGACUUUCCAGAUGACUCUUGGGUAACAAUUCACGGAUUACGGGUAAGUUUAGUGCCUGCUGUCGUACGUAUAAUAGGCCUUUUCCGGGUUGCCUCAAGCCUCUGUUUCAAAGCGAGGCUCAGUACAAAACCAUUGAUCUGAAAAUGAUUUUUUAUGGUCAUUGAAAUAAAACUCAUUUUUUCACAACAAAGGUUUGCACUUAGUUUGGUUUUGAAAGUGAGAGUUUUUGGAACUCGGAAAUGGCCCAUUUCGAUCCAUGUAAUCUAUUUAUUGCUUCCUUUCAGCUGUAUAUGGUUGCAGUGCCGCGCAUGGUCGAGUUGUUGUUGUUGUUUUUUUAAUGGUUCGCCACGAAGCUCUUGGAAAGAGUUGUUCUAUUGGGUACCGAAAACAAUAGAUAAACCACCCAAACAAUUUUCCCAGCCCUACAAAAAAAAGCAGAGAGAUUUUUAGUGGUUAGGAGAACAAGUCAAAUCACUAAUGUAAAUAAGAAAUAACAGAGGACCUAAUGUAGGACCCUAGGGAACCCCACAGGAUAUAAGUUUCACAGCAGGUGCGAUUUUAAAGGCCAUUAAAAAAAAUAGAGUUUUCUAAGAGCUUCGUGGCUCCAGUUUGUGAUGGUAUGUGUUUUAAAAUCUUUGCGUUACGCCGACUUAAUGCCGCAAAGGAUUCACAUUUUCUACGUUUCUUGUUUUCCUGACCAAUGUACCCUGUUGUGGCUUCUCCUAAAAUGUACAGCAAUUGCUUUGCGUAGAAGCAAAUCGAGCUGGGUGGCUCCUUUUAAAAAGUUUUUGCAGUUACGGUGCAAACUUACAAAGCUGACAAACUAUUAAUUAAAAUUUAUAAUCCAUCAAUGUUUCAAAAAUAAGAUAAGAUAAAUAAAACCAACAGAAUAAGAACGGUAGUGUAGCUCUCAUUAGUUAUUUAAUAGUUUUAGUUUAUUUGCCUGCAAGAGCGAAGUAUUUAGCGCAUACAAUUGUGUUGCUGUUAUCUAUUUUCAGGAGAAGUCGUGGACGGAGAAGUACUUAUGGGCGCUUUUCAAGGCAUUGUCUCACAUGCUAUGCAUUGGUUAUGGAAGGUAUCCGCCUCAAAAUAUCCCAGAGACCUGCAUUACGAUAUCAAGCAUGAUGACUGGUGCUACAUUUUACGCUCUGUUCAUCGCCUACUCCAUCAACGUUAUACAGACGAUGGAUUCGCCUGGCCGGAACUACAAGGAGAAGGUAAGGGCCGUAUUCACUGCUCAUCAUCGUCAUCAUCAUCAUCAUUAUCACGAUCACUAUCACCACCACCUGUACCACCACCACCACCAUCAUCACCAUCAUCUUCAUUGUCAUUGUCAUCGUUAUCGUCAUUGUUUUACUUGCCAUAGUAAGUCAACCACGGUUUUCUGGAUUCCUUUUAUGAAAUAUCACUUGGUUAGUUUUCCAUCGCAAAGACGACACAGCCUCGCGCGUUGUUGUUGCUGUUGUUGUUUUCUUUUGUUUGUAUGUUUUUUAUUAACUGCAUUUUUCACGUUAUGUUCGCACAUGCUCAGAGACUAUCUCUAUUUUACCACCAGCUCAAACAAAUUGAAGAAUACAUGUCUCAUAGACGGCUGCCCGUCUCCCUCCGAGAUAAAAUUACAAAGUACUACGAGCACCGCUUUCAGGGAAAACUAUUUGAUGAGGAGAGAAUACUCGCAGAAGUGUCUCGACCAUUGCGAAAGGUAAGCACAACCAUGAAAGAUAGGAAAUUUCCCCUCCAAAAUCUACCAGUGUCGCUAUUGGGCGCGUUGAGACUUGCGGGGUGAUAGUUAAGUAGGAAUGGGCAGAGGACGGGAAAGGGGGCGGGGAAGAGCUUGGAGAUAAACACCGCGGUAACAGCUAAUUCAUUGGAAUUGCUAUACUUGAGGAGCAUAAAAAGGAUGCUUUGGAAAGAUAACAUAAGAUAAGAUAACUUUAUUAUAUCACUUCAGGAUAUCUCAAUGAUAAAAACUAUUUACAUAAUUCAGUGGCGCAUCCAAGACCUUCAGAUAAAGGGGGCCCCGGUCAUCCAGACCAUGAGAAAAGGGGGGUCCUGGUAUCGAAAAAAAUUUAUUCGACCCUCCGGGCCUCAGUUUGGUCUAAUAAUAAGGAGGGGGCCCGGGCCCCCGGGGCCCCACCCUGGAUUCGCCACUGAAAUUAUUUAUAAUCACGUAAUGAAAAUUAAGAGGAUUUUAAAAAUAUUGUAAAAAGCUAAGGCUAGGGUAUAUAUGUGCAGUAUAUUUUAACAAAGAAAAAAUUAAAUAAGUUAAAACAAGAUAUUGUUUGCCGCAUUGCAACAACGCGGUUAGCUAAUAAUUAAUUCACGAGUUCAGUUUUAUCGCUAAAUUGUAAAAUUCAUUCUAGUUCCUGUACUUUUUGCAAAUUAUCAUGAACAGGUGUUCGGGAAAUAACCACCAUUUUGAAUUGAUCGUGUUUCGUAACCCGUAUGAUGUAUGAUGAUAUUUCGUCUAAAGCUUGUUUUUGAACAAGUCUGCUGUCAGUUUAAGACGGUUGGCUAAAGGAUUAAUCUUAAGGGCACACAUGUCAAAGCUUGUCCGUCAACCAAAGAGGUUUUCAAAAAACCUCAGCGGUAGUUUUGAGACUAAUAAUAACUUUGAACAUGAUUGUAACUCUAGUCUUCGUGCGAGAUGUCUAAUUGCUGUGAGCCCCCGGCAGGCGAGCAGCAAAUUAACUAAUCUUUUUGCAGGGGCUCCUGUCUUUGGGUCUUCUCUGGUUCCUUGGGUGUCCCGUAAAAGAACUCAUGAUUUUAGGAUUCUCUCUUGUAACCCUGUUUCCCACAUCUAUUAAUUAAUCUGAUAAAGGUUCUAUAAUAAGCAAUGCUUCUCCCAGUUUAUCGUUUCUCAGUUGAUGUUUUAUUGUCCAGCAUCUGCUGGCAGUUUUAUACUUACAAUUUGUAAUCACUAGUACAUUAGAAGUUACGAUCAUAUGGCCUAGAGAUUUCACUGAUUUGAUCGAUUCUUUGUAGUGCCCUGUACAAUUUCGUCACAAGUAAGUUUAACAUCAUCGUGUUUACCUAGACUGUUUUGGCCUGUGUAGCUGGCGGUAUUGUCUCGGUAAGCAAUUAAAGUACCGCUUGUGACGGCUUCGCCGCCAAAUCUCAGUCGACUUCUACACAAUACCGCCAGCUAGGCAGGCUAAGACUGUUUUACUUUUCUCUUUUGGCAGUCAAUUGUCAAUUACAACUGCCGAGACCUCGUGCGCGCCGUACCGUUUUUCUUCGACGCUGACCCGGACUUUGUGACCGCUAUAAUAACCAAGCUCGAGUUUGAAGUCUAUUUGGAAGGUGACGUCAUCAUUCGCGAAGGGGAGCUGGGUACGGAGAUGUAUUUCUUGAAAUCGGGUGUGGUAAGCGUGAGCUGUGACGGACAAACCACUGACGACUUGACUGAUGGCUCAUAUUUCGGAGGUGAGUUUUCGAUAGGCUAACCAGUAGGAUAUAUACGGUCGAUUCUCUUUUAACGGACACCUCUGUCUCUGUCUCAGAAAAAAAUGACUGUAUGGAAAAAAAGACAGACUGACAGACUGACAGACAGACAGACAGACAGACACACUGAUAGACAGGAAGACAGAACGAAAGCAGCAUUUUAACUCAAAUUGAAUAAGUUACAUUUUUUUUUCUUUUCUACAAAAGUACAGUUUGUUUAUCGACCAUCACAAUAGAUCUGAAAACACGAUAAUUUUCUUUUCCAAAAAUGUACAUAAUUUUCUUUCUGCAGAGAUUUUCCAAACGCCCCACUGUAUUGGCAUUAUUUGACGUACAAAUUAAUUUGUAUUUAAUUUAUUUUGGAUAAUCAAUGAAAUCACUAUUUGCACAGGUUUGCGGCAAAACAUAUUUCAAAUCUAAUAUAUCACUUUUAUAAUAAAAUGUGCUUUACUGCCAAAUUAAAAACCAAUAACAUUCUGACAAUUAUUGCCUAGUUAAAGCUUAUAGAACGUAGCAUCUUGGUAAUGCUCGACCUAUAUCGUGUUGUAAUGAUAUUUGUCUCAUCACGAGUUAACAUCAGCAUCUUAUUUUAGAUUUUUUUUUUGAGUUUAUCUUAUUUUUAACAGCUAGGUUACCGUUGUUUUACUUUUGCUGUUUUUUUCCUCCCUCUUUUGCCUUAGAAAUUUGUCUGUUGACUAAUGCAAGACGCACGGCAACAAUCGAAGCAAAAAGUGUUUGUGACAUCUACAUUUUACACGCCGAGGAUUUUAGGGAAGUCGUGGACGAAUAUCCAGAAAUGCGACACGUUAUGGAAUCAGUAGCUUCUCAACGGUUGAGCAGAAUGGGAAAAUCAGUGGACUUUUCAGCGUGUCCUUCACGGGAGAAUUUACUUGCAAGGCUUCAGAGCUCAAAGAACAGCGGCAACAACAGCCUUUGUUGCAGCUGUUCAAAUCUGCUACAGCCGCCGGAAAAUCAACCAGAGAUCGUUGUAACCAGGGAUAUUCCUUUUGUAAUAACUACGAGUGACACUCAGUCUAUCACUUGAGAGUAGAGUUCGUUUGCACUUCCAUCGCUUGAGGACAAAGUUGGGUGAAAAAGAGGAGGUAAUUCUUUGUAAUUCAGAGGAGGGAUUGGACAAACAUUGAGUGAGUGGAUAAAGGAGAAUGUUCUGAAUGUUUUAACGCUCAUGAUGAACACAAUGCUUUUUAAGCUAGAAACCAACGUACUGUUUUUGUAAGUAGCAUAUUCCCUUUUCAUGCAGACCCAAAAUAUUUGUGUUUCAACAAUAACAACCUCUAGGAAAUAGGACUGAAAAAUUACUUGUUGUGGUGAAAAGAAACUUAAGAGUUAUCCGCAGACAGAGUGUAAUUACCAACCAUUUUUUUAAGGAGAUCACAACUUUAUUUCUCCAAUUCAGUCGGAAGAGAAAUUAGCGUUUUUAGUUUGUUUUGAUAGUGUUUGGUCAUUAAAAGGCUUGUUUUGUGUAAAUAAAUCGAUCCCGUGCAUUUUUUUUUU